AUGAGUUGGAAAAACGAAACGUCGGUCAAGGAAUUUUGGCUUCUUGGCUUUCAGAAUGCUCAUAACCUGAAAAUUCCCCUUUUUAUACUUUUCUUGGCAAUCUACAUUUCCAUAUUGUUUGGUAACCUAUUGAUCAUAGUGUUGGUGUUGGGGUCCAGAAACCUGAACGCUCCUAUGUACGUUUUCUUAUCCAACCUGUCAUGGUCAGAUAUCAUUCUCACCACUGUUGUCAUUCCAACCAUGUUAUCAGUCUUGCUGAAGAAUGGGGAAUCCAUUUCUUUUUCUGGAUGCAUUAGCCAACUUUACCUCUUUGGUUCUUCUGCAAUUACUGAGUGCUUUCUACACACUGUGAUGUCCUAUGACCGAUACCUUGCCAUCUGUUAUCCCCUUCACUAUCUUCAGGUAAUGGACUUCAAGCUGCAGCUUCUUCUGAUAGCCGGGUCCUGGAUCUUUGCUUUUCUUCUGACCAUGAUAACAGUCAGUCAGAUGUGGCAGCUCCAUUUCUGUGGCCCCAAUGUCAUUGAUCACUUCCUCUGUGAUCCCACCACGCUACUGGAACUUUCCUGCUCAGAUACCUCAGUGAUUGAACUUGAGAACCUUAUCUUGGGUCUACCUGUUACACUUUUGCCUCUGGGUUUCAUAAUUGUGACUUACGCCUUCAUACUUAUUACCAUCUUAAAGAUCACAUCAUCUGCGGGUAGACAAAAGGCCUUCUCCACCUAUAGUUCCCAUAUGGCAGUGGUGUGCAUCUAUUAUGGGACCUUAAUAACACUUUAUGUCAUUCCAUCUAAAGGCCUGUCAGUUGAUGUGACCAAAGUACAAUCUCUUCUGUACACUGUGGUGACUCCACUUUUCAACCCCAUCAUAUAUAGCUUAAGGAAUAAGGAGAUCAAAACAGUGAUCAAACAUAUAAUUUACAUAAGGUAA